GGCACCCACCUGCGACACCACCGACAUACGCCGAGAGAACCAUCACCACCCCAUGGCGAAUCUGGCGCCGACACCACACACACCACAAAAGCGGGGCCACCAGAGAAUGGCUUCAGCUUAUUGUCAACAAUAGGAUAUGCUCGUCAAUUCAUCCUCAUUCUCUCUAUUCUUCCUCCUCGACGCCAGAGCUAUAAAGCCGUCGUUCCCCAGCUCGGCUCGACCCGACGCCUCCCUCGGUAGACCUCGGCAUCUCGAUCACCCCUUGGUGGUUCUCUCUCUUGCCUCCAGAGGUCGAUAUCAGCCAUCGAAUUGCGCAGAGCAAGUCGCUCCCUCACGUCUCGACGAUCGUCAACCGCUUUGCUCUCCCAAAAAUGGCGGACAGCAUGUGCGGCCCGUCCAACGGCGCCAAAAACCUCGUGGCGCAUGUCGACCGCGAUCGCACCCUCCACCAAGAUCGACUCACCAACGCGCCGCUGGCCGGCCCGGGAAAUACCUUCCGAUCCCAGCCUUCCUUCUCCAACAGCGCCGAGACGGCCUUCGGACAUUUCCAGCAAGGCGCCGCUCCCGCCCAUGCGACCUUUGGUCCGAACCUGGAUCUGAACGUCAUGCAUCCGAUCGUUGCAUAUGUCCCUGCCGUCAGACCGCACCUUCAUUCGGCUCCCGCCGCCCCUGCGCCGAUGGGAAACAUUGGUGUCGGUGCUGGUGCCCCUGCCACCCGCCUGGUUUCUGCUACUACUCCCGGCAACCCCUCGCAUCAGGAAUGGGUGGCCGAGUUUGCAAGCAUGCAGCUCGGCCCCGGCACGGCCGGUGCCACCGCCGCGAUGCCGAGCCGUGUGCAUCCCGGACCCAUGCCUGCCAUGCAUCCGGCCAUGAAUCCUCAGCCUGCUCCGUUCCCGAUGCCCAUGCCCAUGGCCAACGCCGCGCCUUCUGCGCUGCUACGCAUGCAGAAUCCCGCCAUGAGCGCCGGCACUCAGCAGCCCCAGACCGAGCUCUCGCAAGACGGUGCCGCCGCUGCGAAGGAACAGGAAGCGUUCGACCUCGCCUUCGCUGCGUACGACAAGGACAUCUUCGAGCGCGAGGUGGCCGAGUGGACCGAGAAGCAGAAGCUCGCUAACAGCGAGUUCGCCGAGGAGCAGGACAAGUGGAUGGCCAAGCACGGCCCGCGCAGCGAACCGCCCGCCCGAGCCCAGAAGCCGUCCGCCGACGAGAUGGAGGUGAUCGACGCCAAGCUGGAGGAGCUCGCGCAGGAGCAGGACAAGCGGCAGGCCGAGGACGACCUCGCGCGCGCGGCCCUCGACAUCGUCAACUCGGUCGCCGACAACACGUCCAGGAAGUUCAAGGACUCGCAGUUCUUCGCGCUGAUGCGCCGCAUCGCCAACCACGAGGUCGUCGUCGAGGGCGACGACUUGGUCGACGUCGCCACGAAGGAGCCGAUCGACCCCAACUACGACUACGACAAAAUCGUCGACUCGGACGACGACUCGGACUCGGCUAAGCCGGCUAAGACCAGCAGUGCUGGAACCGCGCCUGUGGUUCGCAGCCGCCUGGCCUGAUCGGGCUAACGAGUGCCGCCGUGUCCAUCGGCACAACAUAUCCUAUGACUUGUAUUAUGUAUCCUACACCGUCACGACGAUCACCACCCUUGCCCUUGCCUCUUGCCUUUGCCUUGCUUUCGUACGGCACAUCUCGCUGU